UUGUUCAAGGAAAUAACAUUGAAAUUUUAGUUAAGAUGAAAUUACCUUUACUAAUAGUUUUAUUGAUCCAUUAUAGUUCAGCAGCCAAUAUUUUGGGAUUAAUGAAUGUAGCAUCACCAAGUCAUUCAAUUUGGAAUAAUGUAUUAGUAAAAGGUUUAGCUGAAAGAGGACACAAUGUUACAGUUAUAAUUACUGAUUUACCUAGAAAUCCAAAAGAUAUUUUAAAAAAUGUUUCAUAUUUCAGUGUAGAGGAUGUCUACGCUGGAGUUUAUGAAGAAGUAGACUUAAAGGAAUUAUUUGAUAUUAAUCCUUUAAAAAUGGGAAUAGAAUUUUGUUCAUAUUGUGCAAGUAAUUGUAAAGCAACAAUGAAUUCAAAUGGAUUUGUUAAGUUUAUGAAAACUUAUGAUAGAAAGUUUAAAUUUGAUAUAAUUUUAUAUGAUUUUACUUGCGGUCCGUGUUUAUUAGGAUUAUUGGAAUAUUUUAAUUACCCGCCAUUAGUUGGGAUUUCAGCAUUUCCAUUUCCUUCGUUUGGUAAUAGUUUUGCUGGUGGUCAUGACCAUCCCGGUUAUAUUACCUAUCACAGUGCUUUAAUUGAUCCAGUUAACAGUAUUUCGGAUAGAUUAUAUAAUAAUUUUUUAUACUUCUUUGAAGCAAUAUAUAAAUGGUAUGUGUUCUAUCCUAAUCUGGACCAAAUUGUUAGAGAAAAAUAUUUUCCAAAAGAUAUGAAAUUAGUUCGAGACUUAGAGAAAUAUGUGACUUUAUCACUAGUGAAUUCACAUCCGUCAAUAACACCUGCUGAAUCGUUACCACCGAAUGUAAUUGAAAUAGGUGGCUUACAAUUAACUGAUCCAGAACCGUUACCUAAAGAUAUAGAAACAUUUAUAAGUUCAGCGAAAAAAGGUGCAAUAUUUUUCUCAUUAGGAACAAAUGUUCGCCCGCAAGAUUAUUCAGAUGAAAAUAUAGAAAUAUUUUUAACAAUAAUGAAAAAGUUUCCGGAAUAUAAUUUUUUGUGGAAAUUUGAUGCAGACAAAAUAAAAAAUGAAAUACCAAAAAAUCUUCUUAUAAAAAAAUUCUUUCCUCAACGUGAUAUAUUAGCACAUCCAAAUACAAAAGUUUUCAUAAGUCAUUGCGGCGGUUUAAGUACCCAAGAAUCAAUAUGGUAUGGUGUUCCAAUACUUGGAUUAGCAUUAUUUGGUGACCAAAUAAGAAACAUAAGAGAUGCUGUCCAAAAAGAGAUUGCUUUACAAAUAGAUUAUCGUUCCUUAUCUGUAAAGAAUCUUGAAAAUAAUUUAAAAGAAAUUUUGGAAAACACCAAAUAUUCUAAUAAUAUCAAAUUAAUGUCUAAAAGAUUUCGGGAUCGUCCAUUAAAACCAUUGGAUAAUACUAUUUGGUGGAUCGAAUAUGUUUUACGGAAUCCAAAUCCGGAACAUUUAAAACCAAAAUCAUUGAAAAUGAACUUUAUAACAGCAAACUCACUUGAUUUUUUUACACUCAUUUUGAUAGUUCUACAGGUUAUUUUAGUUAUAUUUUUGGCAGUUAUAUGGGCUUGUCUUUGCAAAAAAACAAAUACAUCAGCUAAUACGCAGAAAAAAAAGAAAUUAAAUUAAACAAAAUAUGAUGUGAUAUUAUAAUAAAUAAAAAAUAUUUAUUUUCCAUGAAGUAAAUCAAUAAAUUUGUAAAACUUCAAAUGAAAACUGGGUUUUUUGUAAUUCUAACAGAGGAGAGGGUGUUUAACAAUUUAAAUUUGCCGUAGCUCACCACAACAUGAACCAGUUAUUUUCUAAAUAAGUUUUUUCAACAAAUUUUGCCUUCAUAAUUUAAAUAAACUAUUUUAAAAUAUUUAAAUAUUUUAAAACUUAAAAUAAUUAAAUGCCUGUAAAUUAAAUUAAAGAGAAAAUACUUGUAAAUUAAUUUUAAUUUAAGGUAUCACUAUUAUCCAAUCAAAAAUAAAUAUUUAUUUUACUAAAUUAUUUUGAACCUAUCAAAAACAUAAAGAGUCAAUUAAGAUUGCUGUUCGAAAUGUUUAAAUAAUUUAUUACGUUUUUACAUAUAUGUUUGUAUAUAUGUAUGUAUAUAUCUAUAUGUUUUAUCAUAAGACCCAUAUGAUAUGAAUAUUAAUAUACAAAUAACAGAAAUUAAGUAAAUUAACUAUUGGGUAGCACUACAAUUUUUAUAAA